AUGUCUUCAUCAGCGACCACAAUAGAAGAUUCACAACAAGGGGUAUCUUCAUCCUCGGAAAGCUCAUCAGCACUUCGUCAUCGAAAAAAUCUCACCGACGAUGAUAACGUAGAAGGUAUCGAACUCACGAGCGAGGAAGAAGCUGAAUUACUAAAAGAAGAAGAGGAAGAAGAACGUAAGAAAUUACUCCAAUCGGGACAAACUCCUCUGCCACCAACUUGGACUCAAUCUUUUUGGAUGAAAUGGUUAGGAAUUGUUUUUCCAAUUAUUCUUUCAUUGGGAGAUGUUGUUUUGUUUGUUUUUGAAUAUCUGUUCACCAAUACGAUUGUUCAAACAUUACUUGCUUCUGUUUCGUUUCACAAAUAUCGAUCCUUCUCUUCCAUUCAUAAAUGCAAUGCUUGUAAGAUUAAUGCAUUACCACAAGAUGGAACCUUUCAAAAUAAUAAUCAAGCCUUCUCUGCAUUUAAUGAAAUGAUGAAUUUAAAUUGGAAGGAAUGCAUUUCUUGUGUCAUGUCUCAUGAUUAUGCAUUAAUUGUAACCAAUUUCCUCUAUGUUACUGUUUGGACUUGUUGUAUUUGUUAUUAUUUCACAUGGAGAUAUGGAGUAACGUUGAAAAGAAUCAAAAAACCAAGUGCUAAGGCUAUUCUUGUUGUCUCAGUGAUUGCAAUAGGAAUGGCUUUGAUGGUUUGGUUCCAAUAUCGAAAUAAUCAAUGGGUUUAUUCAUUAUCUAAUUUUAAGGCCAUUAAGAGAGACACUAAAAAUCCUUUUGGACUUUUUGGAACCAAUGAGACAGAUGUCGAAACAACCUCAGAAGUUAUCGAAGAUAGUGAAGUUGCUUCAUUUGUCUCGGAAGAUACCCUAUUGACGACCAACCUUACAGCUGGUAAUAAUGCCUCAACUACUCCAGUACCUGACUUGAACGAAGAAAAUUCUCAAGUGGACUACCUUAAAAUGAUCCAAUUACUUAUUGGAUCACCCAUUGUUGAGGAGAUUAUUCUCAGAGUUGUGCUCGUCCACAUGUUUUUUAGAAGAACAGGCAAACCAAUCGUGAGCUUUUUCAUGACUAACUUACUAUUCGCCAUGUUGCACAUGUUUUCUAUUAAUUGGGGAGCAUCAGAGCUUUAUACUUAUUUCCAAGUAUUGGCUGGGUUUAUUUUAGGAAUGUUCUACAGCACUAGAUAUUACUUGACAGAAAAUCUAACAGAGAAUGCAAUGCUACAUAUUGCUAACAAUAUUUCAGCAAUUUUCAUUCCUGUAACUCUCAAGUUUGAAGAUGUCUAUCCAAAUUACAUUGUUCCAAUUAUUCUUUCAUUAUCGUUCUAUGGGAUCAUGUUGAUUUUGGACCUUGUUAAAAUCAUGCAAAUGCCAACAAAGCAAAUUGUGCCAGUCAUUGAGACCUCUAAAAGCAACACAAACAAUAACACAACACAAGCAGCAUCUUCAUCCAAUGCAUCAGUGCCCACUCCCAACAAAAAGAGCUCCAAAAAAAAGAAAAAUUAA